GCUGAUUGGCUAGGAGACCACAGUCAGGAAGUAAUACAUAUUUAAACAUGCAAACAAAACACUUCAUAGCUAAAGCUGUCUGUUUACGGUUACUAAAUUAGAGUUGGCGGUUGUACAGUUUUCUUUUGUGACCACGCUGAAGAAGAUAUCUGGCAUGCAGGGCGUUUGCAAUAAAAACGCGUAAUUUGUUCGGUAUUUGAAUUUUUUUUUUUGCUCUUUGGCCGACUGUCCUGUCUUUACAUCAUCAUGGCAUCUGGAGGAAUUUCUCUCAUCAAUAUGUCGUAUUGGGAGUGUGGUAAAAGGAGGGUGCGAUUCUUGUGUCUUACAAACAACAACUCGUUUAAUGUUGCUAAACCAAGCACAAACGAGGAUCAGAUGAUCCCUCUCUUUCUUGGAGCUGAUCUGUUCUCAGACACAGACGUUCGCAGUGAAAACCAGCCCAGAUACCAUGCAAAAUUUGCUAAACGAGGAUUGGCAACCAAACUGGUUUUCCCAUCAGACUACAGAUUCCAAGGACUGCGACUCCCUUAUUCCAACAACAGUCUGUGGUUCUAUAGUGUUCAUGGAGUUUUUCGAGUGGCAUUUGAACUGUAUAGCAAACAAGAUCAGCUCUCAGUUAUGGAGUCAUUUCAGGAUCUAUGGAAAUCUCGAAUAAAUGACAACAACUUGAACAUGACCUAUCAUCUUGGUGCCCAGGAUGUUCAACCCCAAAAUGAUCAAGAGGCGCAAACAAUUUUGGAAAAUAAUAAUACAUGUUCAUCAUACCAAGUCCAUCGGCAGUCUGGCGAAGUAGAAACAAACUUCUUUCCAGUACUCACAGAUCAGUCAGAUAUUUCAUCAUCUUCAGACCAUGACUACUGUUCCUCAGAGCAAACAAACUUAAGCCAGUCUACUUUACUUGCACAGAAACUUCAAAGCCUAGGGGAAAAAGUGAAGUUAUUUACAAGUAUUGAAGCAGAACAUUUAAAGACUGCCACAAAGGUCCUGGACUAUGUUGAAUACUGUAUUACUGGGAUGAUUGACGAGGAAAAACUGAUGGACACUGUGAUGGCCCUGUUUCAAACUCAUUUUCAGAGCUACUCCAUCUACUCAAGCAGUCUGCUGAAGGCUGUGGCAGGUUGGCUUGGCCAGCAGUUCAAUGCAGCCAACAGCACCAUUAGUCACCGGGUUGAAGGUUUUAAGGCCCAACACAUUGAGCACAUUACAAACUUGCCGCCUCCUGAGGAGCUGGCAACUGAACUUUUCCCAGAGGCAAUGCGAAAUCUUCUUGCACACUGGAUGGGUCUGAGUGACGAGGCAGAAAACUGGAAAAGACACAGCGAAUACCCCAUUUUAUUACUUAUUCUAGAAUUUGCUAAUCACAAUCUUAUCACAGGAGUAGCUCAUGUCUUGUAUUCCAGUCUAAUAUGCAAAUAAGUAUACUUAGAUGUAGGUUAUACAUUACGUAUCAUUUGGUCGCAGUUUUGUAGGUUUAUAGCAUUAAAACACAAAUGAUUUCAAAUAAAUAGUUUCUUUAAAAGUCAAAUGGUGAUGUCCUUUCCACAGCAAGCUGUUGACAGAUUUUGUAUUUUGUCCCAAAAGGAAUAAAAAGACAGCAAUCUCAUGAUUUUAGGCCAACCUAUUAAAAAUUAUGAACAUAAAAACAUGACAUUUUGCAUACACUGCUUGCAAGAGCUUCCCCAGAUUACUGUAAAGA